CUACUUAUUUCCGUUACAUCGGCUUUCCUGGCGGUAGUCUUCAUUCAGUUGUCCAGAAGAUUUUGAGGUGUAAUUUACAAUAAAUUUGCAAUAUGAGUAUCAGUGAUGUUGUAAUUAUAUCGGCAGUUAGAACACCCAUAGGUAUCAUUUUGCAAUUUGUAAAUUUAAAUUGUGUACUAAUUGAAAAUAAUAUCUAUUUUAUAUUAUACUAUAUUAUUAAUUCAGAUGUUUCUGAAGUUAUAUUUGGACAGGUAUUAAAUGCUGCUCAAGGACAAAAUCCAGCAAGACAAGCAGCAAUAAAAGCUGGAAUUCCUAUAACUACACCUGCUUAUUUAAUUAAUAUGUUAUGUGGUUCAGGGUUAAAAGCAAUAAUCCAAGGAUAUAUAUCCAUAAAAGUUGGUGAAAAUCAAAUAGUUAUAGCUGGUGGUCAAGAAAGUAUGAGUCAAUCUGCACAUGCAAUACAAUUUAGAAAUGGUGUAAAAAUAGGAGAUUGUCGUCUAAUAGACACUUUAAUAUUUGAUGGUUUAACAGAUGCAUUUCAUGGAAUUCAUAUGGGAAUAACAGCUGAAAAUGUUUCUAAAGAUUUUAAUAUAAGCAGAAAUGAACAAGAUGAAUAUGCAGUUAAAUCUCAGAAUAAAGCAGAAACUGCAAUUAUUGAAGGUUAUUUUAAAAAAGAAAUUAUUCCUGUAACAUUAUCUAUUGAAAAACGAUCUGUUAUUAUGGAUAAAGAUGAAUAUCCUAAAUUUGGAACAACUAUUGAAGAUCUUCAAAAAUUAAAACCAGCUUUUCUGAAAGCUGAAGGUACAGUUACAGCUGGUAAUGCUUCUGGUAUCAAUGAUGGAGCAGCAGCAGUAGUUCUUAUGUCAGCAGACAUUGCUAAACAAAAAGAACUUUCUCCACUAGCUAAAAUUGUUGCAGUAGCUCAAGUUGGUGUGGAACCAAAAAUUAUGGGUAUAGGUCCCAUACCAGCAGUUGAAUUAGUGUUACAAAAAGCAAAAUGGACAAAAGAAGAAGUAGAUUUAUAUGAAUUAAAUGAAGCUUUUGCAUCACAAUCAAUAGCAUGUAUAAAAUCUCUUGGUCUAAAUCCAGACAAAGUUAAUAUAAAUGGAGGAGCUAUUGCUUUAGGCCAUCCUAUUGGUGCAUCUGGUGCUAGGAUAUUAGUAACUUUAUUACAUUCAUUAGAAAGAAUUAAUGGAAACAAAGGUAUUGCAGCUUUAUGUAUUGGUGGAGGAAUGGGAAUAGCUAUUGCUGUUCAAAGAAAAUAACAACCACUUCAGCUAAUUAAAUGUUAUUUAUUCUGCAAAUGUAAAAUUUUGUUGGUAUUGUUAUUUUAUAAGAAUAUUUAUAUAUGGGCAUAUCACAUAUAAUUUUUAAUUUUUGUUAUUCUUGAAUUAUUGAAUAUUUUAUUAUUAUUGUAAUAAAUAUUGAUUAAUGCUAUUAUAAAAAAUAUAAAAAAUUAUAUAUUGAAAAUAUACAAUUUAUAAUAGCAUUUGUUUUAUAAUAUUAGUAAAGCUAACAUAGUUAUAUAAAUUUAUUUUAUUUAUAUUUGUUUACAUAUUAGCUUUUAACAAUUGUACUUGCAAUUUGUACAAAAUAACAAAUUUUAUAAUAAAUUCAUACAGUAUUUUGUGCAAUGCAUGUUUAUAUAGAAGUUAUUUUUGUACACAAAAAUAAAUUGUAAAUAAAUAUAUUAAAAUCAA